CAUUCACCUCGACGUUACCCUUACCUCGAUUUCUUCUAGAAAUAUCAUAUAUAACCACAGAGAUGCGAGGUGCACCUGUCGUUUGCCAAACCAACUGAAAUUGGGCUGUGGUAGUAGUGGGCAAUUCGCCGUGGGAUUCAUCCAGCGCAUCUGACAGCCUACAUAGCGUGUAAUGAGAGACGCAGAAUGCCGCUGCUCACAGUGUGACGGACUGAUGGGGAUUGAACGCACAGACCGCAUCUAAACAGCGCUGGAAGAAGAAACUCGGCGAUUAAGAAAUCUCAUCUAGUCUCAGGAGGGAAAAACAACGACAUGGGGGAGCAGCCCAUCUACAGCACCCGGGCACACGUCUUCCAGAUAGACCCUAGCACUAAGAAGAACUGGAUGCCCACCAGCAAGCAUGCGGUUACUGUAUCUUACUUCUACGACAGUACCAGAAAUGUGUACAGGAUCAUUAGCCUGGAUGGAUCAAAGGCAAUAAUAAACAGCACUAUCACCCCGAACAUGACCUUCACGAAGACAUCACAGAAGUUUGGGCAGUGGGCAGACAGCCGUGCCAACACAGUGUAUGGGCUGGGUUUCUCCUCCGAGCAUCAUCUGGCCAAGUUUGCAGAUAAAUUUGCAGAGUACAAGGAAGCCGCCAGGUUAGCCAAGGAGAAGUCUAUAGAAAAGAUGGAGCUGACAAGUUCGCCUUCUCAGGAAUCACCUGCCGACAUUCAUUCCCCCUUGACUCCACCCGUCACAGCUGACCUCUGCCGAGUCAACGGCACUGGCGACGACAUCUCCCUCUCUGAUGUGUCGCCCAGUUCUAUGCUUCAAUCUGAGCUGUCGCCAACUACGCCAACACUUGCACACAGCCCGACUACCAACAAACACUGGGAAGCAGAGCUUGCAGCACUAAAGAGCAACAAUGCCAAGCUUACAGCUGCACUGCUGGAGUCCACAGCCAAUGUCAAACAAUGGAAACAGCAGCUAGCUGCCUACCAGGAGGAGGCCGAAAGGCUACACAAACGGGUGUCAGAACUGGAAAGUCAGAGUAGUCAAACCAAUGUGAUAAAAUCCCAGAAAACUGAGCUGAACCAAACAAUAGAGGAGCUGGAGUGUACACUGAAGGCAAAAGAAGAGGAAAUGGUGCAAUUGAAAGAAGAAAUAGAAAAUGCUAAGCAGCUUCAAUCUCAGAAAGAUGAACUUACUCGAACGUUAAAGGAGACAGACAUGAGAAACAAAGAGCUGGAAGGACAGUUAGCUGAUCUAGAACAACGUCUGGAGUCAAGUCAAGUGGAUCAAGAGAACCUCCGCAAGAACCUCAAAACCCUGCUGGAGAUUCUGGAUGGAAAGAUCUUUGAGUUAACAGAGCUGAGAGACAACCUGGCUAAGCUCAUAGAGGACAGUUAGACUGCUCCACCUCUCUGCCACAAAACAAGACUUAAGUGCUGAGCCACUGUCCUCCUUAAUGAAAUACACAACGUCUGAUUGAGGCCAAGAGAGUCUGGUAUACUUUCAAGCCAAGCCUUGUCUAAUGGACUCUCCUCACUUUAAACACGUACAUGGAAUGAUUACAUUUGGUUUCACUUGAUUUUGUAUUUUUAAAGUGGGUUAGCUCUCUUCAGUGCCACUGCAACCUUCCAAGUUUAAUUGUUAAGAAUUCUCCUGUACUUUUUUUUAUUGUUGUUUCCCUGAAUUAGGCAGCCAACAAAGAUGGCUGUAUAUAGGCUCCUCCUCUUUUAAGGUGCUGGUUUCGUGUGCCUGGCUGUUGCCGUUGAUGGACGUUUAUUAUGCUGCUGAGGACACUACAUUAAUAACACUAACUGGAUCUUCAGUCGUAUUUUAAGACUGGAUAUUCAGAGCCAUAUGUUGUAGCCAAAAGUAUUUGGCUUGCCUCUUCCCCUUCAUGGAAACUGCCUCAAUGUUAAGUAAAAGUUUCAGGAUAUUUUCAACCACUGACCUAAAAUCUCUUGAUGUUUAUCAAAAUAAACGAGAUGUAGAUGUUGCAUAUGAUUUAGGCUUGUAAUAAACACUGAGCAAUAUUAGUGUGAGCAUCUCUAGGACAGAUUAGUGUGAGUCACUUCAAUGCAUCUGUCAGGUAAUCAAACAGUCUAAAGGAAUGAUUGUGGCUGGUUCUAGGCCAGCUCUCUGAUUUUGAUCAUAUUGGCCUUAUAUUAAUCCGUAUCUAUACAUUUUUCAGGACUCAGUAUUUUAUUGAAGACGAGAAUCUUCCUUUGUUUGUUGACUUACCAAAUGCAAUUAUGUACUCGAUUCCUUACAAUUUUCAAUAACAAUAUUAUUGUAAUAUUUAAAUAAAUCCAUCCUGCUGAUGGAUAUCAAGAUACAUAGAUCACUGUCAGUAUGAUUGUAUUUAUAUGUGGGAAAAAUUCUGUUUUAAA